AGAAGGUUAAUAUGGAAGGCUGCACUUAAGUUUUUCCAUACAACAAUCCAAGGGUUCCAAAAAAUCUGGAACAGAGUCCGCGGAAUCUGUUUCUUUUCAAAGUUGAAAGCUGAAGCCAUUAAUCGAAUAUAGAAUUUUCCUCAAAGAAUUCAGCAGCGCAGCCAAAGAAAUGGUUCGUAAACGUUUUCAAGAAGCCAAAACAGGCUUCGAAUAUCUAAAAUCAGUGAAUUACGACAAGUAUCUAAGGAAAGUAGGAUUAGGAAAAGAAGAUUGGUAUUUCUGGAAGCAAGUAGGAAAGGCACUGCUCUGCACCUACACACUAUUUGGCGCUGCUUGGCUCUACAACGAAACUUCCCCGCUUGGUUGGUGGACAUUGAAGCCAAAGCCAAAGGAGGAGAGAGAACUAGCUCACUUGUAUGAAAGGCGAGAGUUUCCAUACCCAGGCGACACAGAAGCAAUGGAAGAGUUUGUUGCAAAAGGAGGAAUGAUUGGAACAACAAUUGGGCCUAAAGGGGUUGUAGAAACGGAUAAAGAUACGUAUAACUAUCAGAAAGAAUUGCAAAGCAAGAAGUUUGAACAAGAAGCACAAAAGCUGUGGAUAAGGAUGAGAAAUGAGGUGAUACAAGAGCUUCAAGAAAAAGGGUAUGAUGUUGAGUGACAAUAUCUGAAUGUCUAAUGAUGUUUGUUUGUAUGUUUGUUUGAUGAUGAGAUUGUGAUAUAAUUGUGUCAUAUUGUUUGGCAUGAUUUCUUAGUAUCAUGCUUCAAAUGGAAAAGGAAGACAAUAAUGUUUUAUGGCAUGCAUGGUUUGAUCAUUAUUAUUUUUAUAAUUAACUUUAUAAUAGAAGAUUUCGUUUGUCAUGCA